GAAUAAAUUGACCUUAAUUUGCAUUUGGCUUGCUUCGCUUCUGGAUUUGCAGGCAAACAUUAACGUGAACGAAGUCAAAGCAAUCGUGCUCUUUCCUGCCUACAGGGUCAAAACCCAACGCAGCAGCCGAACUUUGCUGAACACUCCCCCCAAGUAGCUUUUGCUCACUCGCCCUUCCGUUCUUGCUAGUACAGUGCGGGGCGGAAUUCACGUCAGAGUCGUACAGCGCAUGCGUACGCCUUUCCGUGUGCCCUGUGGGUAGCUGGUUGUCGUCGUUUCCUUCAGUUGGUGCUUUUGUGUACUGGCAUUUCGAUUUGGUGUCCGCCAGCUUUCUUCUUCCCUCUCCCAGUCUUCGGAGACCGCGCCAUGGCGGACUCGCGCGUCAGGCAGAUAAAGAUAAAAACGGGCGUAGUAAAGAGAUUGGCAAAAGAAAAGGUUAUGUAUGAAAAAGAAGCAAAACAACAAGAAGAAAAGAUUGAGAAAAUGAAAGCAGAAGCAGGAGAUGACUAUGCAAUUAAAAAGCAGACUGAGAUCUUACAAGAAUCUCGAAUGAUGAUUCCAGAUUGCCAGCGCAGAUUAGAGGCUGCUCAUGCAGAUCUUGCUCAGUUAUUAGAAAAUGAAAAAGAAUUGGAAGAAGUUGAAGAAUAUAAAGAAGCACGUUAUGUACUGGAGUCAGUAAAAUUAGUAGUCUAAAUUGAUUUUUCACUUCUUUAUUUAUGCCUUGGUAUUGGGUCCAUCGCCACACUCAGCUAAUGUUUGGCCACUGUUGUAUUACUUCAUGUAGUGUUAAGAAUAAUGACUUGCUAAAAUGAUGUUACACAAUGGCAAAUGAUUUAGCCUCUCUCUUAUGUGAAGAUUUGAUGAAUAAAUGAUCUUAUGUGAUA